AUGAAGGAAUUCUAUUGCCACUAUGUCGGGUAUAAUAAACGUCUAGACGAUUGGAUUCCUGGGUCAUGGGUCAUAUUGUCGAAGGACCUUGAGUGGCCCAAACCCAAAGCUCCUCCAGCUCCACCGAGUAAGAAGGAGACAGCUGCUCAGAAAACUAAAGUCGGGGCUCGGAAGACAACGAAGAAAACAAAGUCAACCCCAUCCACCCGAGGCUCAGCUACCCCAGUACCCAUCUCUACGCCACAGAAACGUAUGGCGAGUACCGUUGAGCCUGACGAGAGCCAAGGGAUGGAACCAUUUGAGACGUUGGAUCUUCAGGAGACACAGGAUACUACUUUUGGGGAUCUGGACGCUUUUGGAGAAGAUGAAGAUGCUGAAGGAGAGAACGAGCCAUUGGAAGGAGAGAGCCUAAUGGACAUCGAUGUGGACGGCUCGACUUACUUACCUGAUCCACAGAAGGCGCCUCCGGUGCAGAGCAAGGAGCAAGAGAUCGAAAAGCUCCGUACAUCGGGUUCCAUGACUCAGAAUGUGCACGAAAUUGCUCGAGUAAAGAACCUGAAUAAGCUUCAAAUCGGGAAGCAUCUUGUCGAAGCCUGGUACUUUAGCCCUUACCCCGCUGAGUUCGCCCAUCUCCCCAUCCUCUAUAUUUGCGAACUUUGCCUCUCCUAUUUCCCUUCCCCUGUAAUGUUCGGUCGUCACAGAAAAAAAUGCAAGAUGCUUCAUCCUCCUGGAAAUGAGAUAUAUCGGCACGAAGACAUUUCCUUUUUUGAGAUCGAUGGGAAAAAGCAAUUGCAGUGGUGCCGUAACCUGAGUCUACUAUCGAAGUGCUUCCUAGAUCAUAAGACGUUACACUACGAUGUACAGCCAUUCAUGUUCUACAUUAUGUGCCUGCGAGACUCAUCGGGCUGCCACACGGUCGGAUACUUCUCAAAAGAGAAAGAGAGUGCCGAAGGAUACAACCUAGCCUGUAUCUUGACCCUCCCACAACAUCAGCGGCAUGGCUUUGGUCGCCUCCUGAUCGAAUUUUCCUAUGAACUCAGCAAGCGCGAGGGGAAAACGGGUAGUCCUGAGAAGCCUCUCAGUGAUUUGGGGUUAAUCAGUUACCGAGCCUUUUGGGCAGAGAAGAUAAUGGAAUACCUGCUAGAGCAUGAGCCUACAGAUGUUUCCCUCGACGAAAUCGCACAUAAAACAUCAAUAACUCAAGCCGAUAUACACUAUACGUAA